GAAAAUCUCAGCUUACAAAACGGAGAUAAAAACCAAGAGGGAUCCUGACUUGACUGAGUCUCCGAUGAAAACAGUGGACGCUGACAAAAUGUGUCCUAUUCAUGGGAAACCACACCCUUUGCACAAAUGUCGUGCGUUUAGAGAACGACCCAUGGAAGACCGCAAAACAUUCUUGAAAGAAAACAAUCUUUGCUUCAAAUGUUGUUCGUCAACGCACAUCGCCAAAAACUGCAAAGUCCAGUUUCAGUGUUUUGAGUGCAAGAGUGACAGACAUUGCACGCCCCUACAUCCAGAGCCCACAGCAUGUGUGGAAGUGGAGGUCCCUGCUCCAGAGCCUCCAGACGAAAUUCCAACUCCGAGUGUCGCUCUUCAUCAUGCACAUUUAAAGUCAAUAGCUCAUCUCAUUCCAGAAAUGGAUCCAAAUGCCCAAAUCAUGCUUCUCUUGGGUCGGGACAUCAUCAGAGUACACAAGGUACGGAAACAAGUUAAUGAUUCACACAACCAGCCCUAUGCACAGAAGCUAGAUGUUGGGUGGGUUGUUGUAGGCAAUGUGUGCCUCGGCAGCAUCCACAGACCACUAACAAUCAGCUCCUUUUAUACAAGCACCGCAGAGCUUCAACGACCAUCCAUCUUUAACCCAUGCCCUUAUGUGUUCCAUGUGAAAGAAAAGUACAGCGACAUCCAAUUGACGAGCCAUCUCACAACAUGCUCUGAAGAGGAAUGUGUCUGCGAUAAUGACCAUUUGGAUGUAAUCCAGCGAGCUAAAGAAGAUAACCAAGUGGCUCCAUCAAUUCAGGAUGCUUCAUCCAUGAAAAUCAUGAACCAUGGACUACAUAAAGAUUCUAACAACAGUAGGGUAGCUCCAUUACCCUUUAAGAACCCACGCCGACGACUUCCCAAGAACAGACCCCUGGCACUUGGGCAAAACAUUGAGAAGCUUGAGAUGAGGUCUCUGUCUACAGUUGAAGCUGCCUUUGACUUGCUAAAGAAGACGCAAGAUGUGAUCUCUAGAUCAAACCUUAGACUACACAAGAUCGCACCAAACCCCAAAGAAGUCAUGGAAGCCUUCCCAUCAAAGGACCACGCAAGCGACUUGAAAGACCUCAACCUUAACACAGACAAACUUACCCAUGAAGUCUUGGUAACCUUUAUGGCAGAAGUCACAGCUAUCAUCAAUUCCCGACUGCUUGUUCCAACUGACCGAGACGAGUUGCUCUCACUCACACCAGCUACUCUCCUAACGCAGAAGGUACUUCCUCGACCAGCUCCUGCAGGAGAGUUUGGACCCGCUGAACUUUCCAAGUGCCAGUCGAGGCAUGUCCAGCAUCUGUCCAACACCUUCUGGGACAGGUGGCAUAAACAGGUUCUCCCAACACGGCAAGCACGAAAGAAGUGGCGGUCUCCAUGCAAGAACAUCGAGCCGAAGAGCAUCGUUCUCCUUAAGGAUCGCCAAGUACACAGGAACAAACGGCCGCUUGGUAUGUCAACAAAGACUUUUUCAAGCAAAGACGGAAGGGUUCGCCAAGUCAAGGUGAACGUGGUCAAGCCUGGAGGAGAGACAAUUUUCGUGAGACCAGUCACUGAAAUGGCUUUGCUUCUUCCUCCAGAUGGGUAGACAAUGGACAAGUGGGUGGGAUGUAAUCAUGCCAGGCGGGGAGUGUUCUGUCCCCAACUUACAUUUAAUCCAAGUUUGAAUGUUUUAUUUUAGUUACACAAAAGUAACGUUAAUAUUUCUAUGCAUAGUUAAGAGCAUUUUCUUUAUGCAACGUAACUUUAUUGAUUCAUUGCAAACAGUGUAGUUCACACCCGGAUGUGACGUCAUGAAAGCGGAAGACGCGUACGCGGAAGCAGGAAGUAGAGCGAUAGAUCGUCUAUGAGAGAAACGUUAUGGUCGUCGUGUUUAAUCCAGCACAAUCCACAGACAUCUCACGCCUUUGGUAGUAUCAUGGUUUCAUCUUUUUCUCCAUCAUUAAACCUGUGGACGAAGAGCAACGUCUUCAGAGUCGUGGUGUAGGAAAUGAGUUUAGCUGACUGUCCAAAUCUGGCCGAGACAGUACAAUGGUAUACCAAAGUGACGGGAAAUUCUUGCAUCUGCUUCCUCAGACAGUUGCCACACAAAAUGUUCUGUUCGAAUGAGGUAGCAAACCUCCACUCACACAGUUACACAGUCACUCAUUAAGCGCAUUUUAUUCGAUUACAUUCAACCUCGGCACCGUUCUAUAUACACACUCCAUUUACACGCGGAGUUUAAGCACGUACAGGACACCGCCGCCCUCAACAGUUUUAAAGACUUGACUCUGUCUAUAUGCCUGUUAGGGACUAGUAUGGCUCAGGGCUUUAAGCGGCUUUAAAGACCACGUCUUUAGCCGGCGCGCAAACACUCAUUCAACGCUUUGAAAGAGUCCCUUCUCAAUAGAUCCCUCUCAGGCUCAAAUUAAGUUCUCAAACCAGGUGUAGUCUAGGUACUAGGUUGUUACAAAUCUGCAACACCUGUCCUGAGAGGGUUACAAUUAAAAACAGGUUUAAAGACCACCCCGACCUCCGUCUUUAAAAACCCAGCGCGCAAACACUCAUUCAACACUUGAAAGAGUGUCAGUGCAGAGUUUAAGUACGUACAGGACACCGCCGCCCUACUUACCAAGAG